CACCUGGCUGGGCCUUUCCCUCCUCUCCUGCCGGGAAAACCCUGUCCCUGGGCUCGGGGCAGGCAGGAGCACCCUGUGCUUGCAGAGACCAGGGUAGGGAGGUUAACUGGGAGCCGCAAGCUGGACCAGUAAUUGCCAGUGUGAGGCAGUGCCUGCUGGUGUUGCCCAGCUGGAAGCAGGUGUGGGGCUGAGCCUGUUCUUCCCUUCUCUGCGCCAGGCUCUUGCCCUCGGCUGCGCAGGGAGGGUGUGCAGCCCAAAGCGUGCCACCACUGUGGGGGGGAGCAGGAUGCGGCCCUGUUCAGUCAGUCAUGCUCAGGACUCUCUCUGUUUCUUGAAGGAAAACACUUUUCUUGAUUAAUUUGCUCAUUCAUGAGACCCAGACUGGCCGAGUUGGUCAGGCGAGGGGCAGGGGCUGCCUGGGGACCGUGGCGCUUCUUGGCAGCAGCCUUGGCCUCUGCAGAGGGGUUCAGCUGGGGGAGAUCACCUUGAGGAGCGGAGCCUGUGCUGCUCCUCCCGACACCGGCGCUGCCCCGUGCUGCUGCUGAGCAGUUAAUGAUUACCCCUGCCACGCCGGGUCCCCCAGCCAGAGGCAGUGCAGGGGACUGGGAAGCAGGAUGCUGGUGCUGCUGGUGCUCCUGGUGCUGCUGGGCCCGCCGGCUGCCCCAAGACCGAGCCCGAGUGGGUCUGGCCACGAGCCCCUCUUCCGCGGGGCAGACCGCUACGACUUCGCCGUCGUCAUCCCCGCCGGCGCCGUGGAGUGCUUCUGGCAGUUUGCACACCAGAGCGGCAACUUCUUCUUCAGCUACGAGGUCCAGCGGGCGACGGGCAUCGCCAACAACAGGAACAUCCUGGCCACGGCGAGCGACCCCAACGGCUUCCAGCUUGGCGCUUCCCAGCACGUGCGAGGACAGAUCAACUUCCUCACCAAGGAGACAGGUUUUUACCAGCUGUGCCUGGACAACCAGCAAAACCACUUCGGCUUCAUGCAGGUGUAUCUCAACUUCGGUGUCUACUACGAAGGCUUCAACGUGGAAAACAAGCAGCUGGAAGAGAGGAAAGAGCUGAACGACACCCUGGAGGCAAUCGAGGUCAGCAUCCUGAGGCUGCAGCUCCACAUCUUCCACAUGUGGCGGUUCUACAACUUUGCCCGGAUGCGGAAAGGGGCCGACUCCUUCCUCCUGGAGUCCAACUACAACUACGUCAACUGGUGGUCGAUGGCUCAGAGCUGCAUCAUUGUCCUCUCCGGGGUGCUGCAGCUCUACUUCUUGAAGCGCCUCUUCAACGUGCAAACCUCUGGCAGGCAGAAGUGCUAACAGCGCCCAGGACUGCGGGCAGGACUGCUCCCUACCCGAGCUGCCACUCUGCCCCUUCGCAGAGCGGGAGGGAAGGCCACAUCCCGCUUCGAGGAGGAGGGAGGAGAGUCCCCUCCUGCUCCUGCCUGCGGCUCUAGCCCUGCCUCGCCUGAAAUCACCCUCACAGAAGAAAAGCGCAACGCAGCCGCCUGAGCUUUGUGUGCUGGGUCGGUUUGUUACAUCCCUUCCCCUCGUUACAGUGUCCCAACGUGCCGUUUCUACCAAACACCGAAUAAAGGAACCCCCGGCACAGGCUCUGGGGAACGAUC